CUCACCGCCGAAUCGUCGCCUCCACCGCGCAGGCGCAAUAGAACCGGCCGCUCUUUCAGCCAUACCGGCACUAGCAACCACUGCAAACAUGGCCCUUGAUAAUUUCCUAUUCGCCCAGUGCAUGUUGUAUUUCUUGGCGUUCAUCUUCGGCUUUAUCGCUGUGGUACCCCUGUCGGAGAACGCCGACGACUUCCAGGGAAGAUGCCUGCUCUUCACUCGCGGCAUGUGGCAGAACGAAAACAUCACGGUGGAGAAGCAGCGCUUCGUGGUGGAGGAGUGGGGGCCAGAGUCUGCCUGUCGUUUCAGCACCUUCGUGGGGAUAGCAUCGCUCAUUCUGUCCGCAGUACAGGCGUGGAGAAUCCUCUUCUAUCUGUGCAAGGGCCACGACGCCUCCUUCUUCUAUGCCUUCGUGAACCUCCUGGCAAGCUCUUUUGUGGUUUUUGUCAUCUUUGUGGCCAGCACCAUUGUGAGUGUGGGAUUCAACAUGUGGUGUGACGCCAUCACAGAGAACGGGAGUAUGAUGAACAGUUGUGAAGAGAUGCAGGACACCGAUCUGGAACUUAGCGCUGACAACUCUUCCUUUUAUGACCAGUUUGCCAUUGCACAGUUUGGUCUUUGGGCUGCCUGGUUGACAUGGCUGGGUAUAACCAUCCUGGCCUUUCUCAAAGUCUACCACAACUACCGCCAAGAAGACCUGCUGGAUAGCCUGAUUCACGAGAAGGAGCUCCUGCUCGGGAGAUCUUCCAGGCGAAGAUCAGAUGCGGAUGAGAAAAGUGGAAUGAUCUAGUCCCAGGAUCAGUUCACUUCAAUCGGAGGUCCGAGUCAGUGCUGGCAGUUUGGUUUUUUGUUGCUCCUCUUAUUUAUUUAGUUUUUGAUCUGACUGUCUGUUCAAUGUUUGCUCUCACGAAUGGAAAAUGCUUUGAGCCUUUGUUCUCAGAUGACAUUGUGGAAGUGGGACGUUUGCAUUGACAUAGCAGGGCUGGGUCAAGCUUACUUGGCUUACUUGGUGCCCCGGCUCAUUAUUGUAUGUUUUUAUUUCUCCACUUAUUUAUUUUUUUGUCCGUAAUGGUGUAAUUACCAUUAUCAGUUAGGCUGGCGUCCUGCCAUGCCUGGUUAUUGAAUGUCCAAACCUAAAACUCGCUUCAAAUUUUCAUAGCAGUCACUUUCUAAAGAAGGUGAUCUGUUCAAAAAAAAAAAAAA